UUUAACUAUGCUAUCUUUGGCUGAGAUGCCUGGCUGGCCUAGGCACAGAACACGCGCUCCAUUGUACCUAUCGCGUGGUUCGUGAAACAAUUAAGAGGUGAACAUCUUCAAGUCCGUGCGAACUAGAAUUCAAAUAAUAAUGAAGAAAAUGCCAAAACCUCGACCAACGAACCUCUCCUGCAUCAUUAACUCUAGUAAUUGCCCCUCCUGUUGUUUUCAACGUUUUUAAAGCACACCAAACAGAUUAGCUUCUCCAAAGUUACCAGCUUUCGGUUAACUUCUCUCUUGGGUUUUCAUUGAAAUUUGACUCGUGUAUAUGCAUAUAUAUAUGUAUAUAUUCAUAUGGGUUUCUUCUGAAAUUAUUUGUCCUUUCGUUUUAAGACCAGAGCCACCAUGUUCCUAGCAAUUCUGAGCUGCUCUCUUUUUCAUGUUUCUCUGAGAUUUCUUGGACCAUGCUGAAUUAGCAUAAAAAAAAAAAAAAUAGUGGUUUUUCGAAUAUGGGUUACUUCUCAAAGCUGAUGAAAUCAACUAUUCUUCUCCUAUUUCUGUCACUUGUAUUGGUCCCUGCGAGUACGGAUGAAGAAGGAUUCAUCUCUGUGCUCAUAUCCAAUAAAGGUCUUGAUUUUGUCAAGGAUGUGCUGAUAAAGAGUGCGAUUUCCUCUAUAAUUCCGCUCCAGCUGCCUCUGAUUGAGAAGCCGGUGAAAAUCCCAGUCAUCGGCACCGUUCAUUUGCAUCUUUCCAAUGUAACCAUAUACAGUGUUGAUAUUACUUCUUCAUAUGUUGAGACUGGUGAUACAGGCAUCGUUUUAGUUGCUUCAGGUGCCACUGCUCAUUUGAGUAUGAAUUGGAGUUAUCAUUACCAUGCUUUAGUAAUUGAUAUUUCUGAUCAUGGUACUGCGGCUGUUGAGGUUGAAGGCAUGCAAGUGGGCGUUACUGUAGCUUUAGAGGAUCAAGAAGGAACUCUUAAACUGAAUAUCUUGGAUUCUGGAUGCCACGUGAAAGAUAUCUCCGUAAAGUUGGAUGGUGGAGCAUCUUGGCUUUACCAAGUGUUCGUAGAUGCUUUUGGAGGGACAAUAAGAUCUGCAGUUGAAGACAAUAUUAUGAAGAAAAUCAGAGAAGGGAUGAUGAAGCUUGACUCUUUAUUACAAUCACUUCCAAAAAAAAUCGCAGUAAAUGAUAUAGUUGCUAUGAAUGUUACUUUUACUGGCAACCCUAUCUUAAGUAAUUCUUCAGUUGAACUAGAGAUUAAUGGUCUAUUCUUAGCCACAGAUGAUUUAGUUUCCAAACUUCAUCUUAAAGCAUCAUCAGCACUGGUUUACUGCACUAAGAUGGUUGAGAUGUCAUUGCAUGAAAAUGUUUUCAACUCACUGUCUGCAGUUCUGUUUGAUGCAGGUUAUAUGCAGUGGAUUGUUGACGAAGUACCAGAUUAUCCAUCUAUUCUAAACACUUUUAAAUGGAGAUUCAUUGUUCCUGAAUUAUACAGGCAGUAUCCAAAUGAUAACAUGGAUCUUCAUAUUACUGUAACGUCUCCACCAAUCAUAAAAGUAGUUAAUAAUGAUAUUGAUGUUACGAUUUAUUUAGAUGUAACAGUCGAAGUUUUGGAUGCUCCUGGAGUUAUACCAGUCUUGAGCAUAUCAUUGGAGAUUAGUGCUUCCUGUUCUCUAGAUAUAAUGAGGAAGAAACUGGUUGGUAGUCUUGAAUUGAAACACUUCAAUGCAGAUUUGAACUGGAGCACAAUUGGAACCCUACACAUGCAUCUUAUCGAGUCUUUAAUGGCGGUGGUCCUCAAAACGAUCGCCAUUCCAUACGCGAACCUACAACUUAGGAAUGGAAUACCUUUGCCACUUCUUCAUGGUUUCACACUUCGGAAUGCGGAUAUCUUCUGCACUGAUUCUAUGGUUAUAGUGUGCAGUAAUGUUGCUUAUGCAGCGGAAUUGAAUUCAUUAAGUAGACAUUUUGCAUUGUCCAGAUAGAGUUUACAUGCAAUGUAUACUAGAUAUACAUAUUGUUCGUUGUGUAGAUGGAAUUAAUUGUGAAUCUGAUUUGUACUAUGAAUAAAAAAUGUAUGUUUUAUUUGUAUUC